AUGAAAGCUUUUGAGAUCUCUACGAACUCGAGAUUGGAGAUUUCAUCGGUUUCCAAAAGGGAUGAUGUUGUGUUCACAUAUAAUCAUGAAACUAUGCAAUUUCUAGAUUACCCUCUCGAUUCCAUCGACAAGAUGGCGUUAAGUAGGCUACGCCUCCGUCUCCCUCCCUCCCUCCCUCCCUCCCUCCCUCCCUCCCUCACUAAUGGCGGUUUCAGUUGUCUGAUACCUAAAACGCCUCUGAAACGCGCCGUUACUAGAGCAACCGUUAACCUAUCAACGCCGUUAUCUACUAUUCCCGCCGCAAGGAAUCUCUUCACCGGAGGAGGAUGUAAUGGUGGUGAGCAAGCAAGUAAUCUUCACACGCUUACUCGUCCAUUUCAUCGUCUUCUCCGGACAUCUCAAUGUGCUGUUUCUCAGGGGAACCAAUCAUACAAGCCCGCUUUUCUAAGGGUCCAAUCGAUGAGCUAUCAGUUUGUGGCUGAUUCACAUACACCUUCUCUGGAUACUGAGGAUGAGCAAGGUGUUGUGGAUUCAUCAAAGAGAAACCCUAGGAAGCAUCAACUUGGAGAGAACAUACCCAAGAAGGAUAAAAUUAACUUUCUUGUCAACACCCUACUUGAUAUAGAAGAUGAUAAAGAGGCGGUUUAUGGAGCUCUAGACGCUUGGGUUGCUUGGGAACGCAAUUUCCCCAUUGCUUCCCUCAAAAGAGUUAUAGCUAUUCUUGAAAAGGAACAUCAGUGGCAUCGUAUGGUUCAGGUAAUAAAGUGGAUCCUUAGCAAGGGACAAGGGAACACGAUGGGGACAUACGGACAGUUGAUAAGGGCGUUGGAUAAGGAUCGUAGAGCAGAAGAGGCGCAUGCUAUCUGGCGUAAGAAGAUCGGGCAUGAUCUUCACUCUGUGCCUUGGCAGCUAUGCUUACAAAUGAUUCGCAUUUAUUUCCGGAACAACAUGCUACAAGAGCUUGUUAAGUUGUUUAGGGAUCUGGAGAGGUAUGACCGUAAGCCUCCGGAUAAACAUAUUGUGCAGUUAGUGGCGGAUGCUUACGAGCUUUUAGGAAUGGUUGAGGAGAAAGAAAGGGUUUUGGAGAAGUAUAGCAGUCUUUUUCUCGGUGCAGGUUCAGAUGACAAUUCUAGAAGAUCUUCAAGGAAGAAGAAGAAACCAGGAGUGAUGAAUCCUGAAGCAACCGUAGAAGAUGCUAAGUUGCGAGAAGGGAUCAAAGGAAAUGUGGAUAGUCACCAAGAAUCAGAAGCUGGCAAUGCAAACCGACAUGCACUAUAAGUUGUCUACUCUUGUGACUUGGUUCUGUUAUUUUGUACGGUGCAAUUCCAUGUAAGAUUACAUGUGGUUUUCCACCAUGUAAGAUUAGAUGUGGUUUUCCACUUGAUUUGAAAGGCUUAGAGUGAAAACAUAUAACACACAAAUCCAUAUAUCAAAAGAACACAACGUGGUUCCAUACUA